CUGGCUGUGCUCUGCCUCCACUAGUAGUGCAGGUGCCGCUGCGCUGGGGCCGGGGAGGCUGCGCGCCGAGCCAAGCUGAGCCAGGGAGGGAUGGAGAGCGGGCAGCCCGGGUUGCAGAAGCACCGGCGCGGGUCGUAGGCGGGCGAGAUACGGGCGCUCGGGCACGAGAAGUGUGCGGGUGCAAGAGCACUUUGAGAUAGGAUGAGGCUCUUGGCUGGCGCGGUAGUACUAUGAUUUGGUAUGUGGCCACUUUGAUAGCAAGUGUGAUCAGCACCCGAGGUCUUGCGGCUCAAGGUGCCCACGGCCUGCGAGAGGAGCCCGAGUUUGUGACUGCAAGAGCUGGCGAGGGCGUGGUCCUGCGAUGCGAUGUGAUCCACCCGGUGACAGGACAGCCCCCGCCCUAUGUUGUAGAGUGGUUCAAGUUUGGGGUCCCCAUUCCUAUCUUCAUCAAGUUUGGCUACUACCCGCCCCACGUGGACCCUGAGUAUGCAGGCCGGGCCAGUCUUCAUGAUAAAGCAUCCCUGCGGUUGGAGCAGGUGCGCUCUGAGGAUCAGGGCUGGUACGAAUGCAAAGUGCUCAUGCUGGACCAGCAGUAUGACACCUUCCACAAUGGCAGCUGGGUCCAUCUCACCAUCAACGCCCCUCCCACCUUUACAGAAACACCCCCCCAGUACAUCGAGGCCAAGGAGGGUGGCAGUAUUACCAUGACCUGCACAGCUUUUGGGAACCCCAAGCCCAUCGUCACCUGGCUCAAGGAGGGAACGCUCCUCGGUGCUAGUGGGAAGUACCAGGUGAGUGACGGCAGCCUGACGGUGACAUCAGUCAGUCGUGAGGACAGAGGCGCCUAUACCUGUCGAGCAUACAGUAUCCAGGGGGAGGCUAUGCACACAACCCACCUGCUGGUACAAGGGCCUCCUUUUAUUGUUUCCCCUCCUGAGAACAUCACCGUCAACAUCUCCCAGGAUGCUCUGCUCACCUGCAGGGCAGAGGCGUAUCCCGGCAACCUCACCUACACCUGGUACUGGCAGGAUGAGAACGUCUACUUCCAGAACGACCUGAAGCUGAGGGUGCGCAUCCUAAUUGAUGGGACGCUGAUCAUCUUCCGGGUGAAGCCAGAGGAUGCUGGGAAGUACACCUGCGUUCCUAGCAACAGCCUGGGGCGCUCCCCCUCUGCCUCGGCUUACCUGACUGUGCAGUACCCAGCCCGUGUCCUCAACAUGCCCCCUGUAAUUUAUGUGCCCGUGGGAAUCCAUGGCUAUAUCCGCUGCCCUGUGGAUGCAGAGCCACCAGCCACCGUGGUGAAGUGGAACAAGGACGGCCGCCCCCUGCAGGUGGAGAAGAACCUGGGUUGGACCUUGAUGGAGGAUGGCUCUAUCCGAAUUGAGGAGGCCACAGAGGAGGCUCUUGGCACUUACACCUGUGUGCCUUACAACACCUUGGGGACCAUGGGCCAGUCUGCGCCUGCACGGCUUGUCCUGAAGGAUCCCCCGUAUUUCACGGUGCUACCAGGUUGGGAGUAUAGGCAGGAGGCUGGCCGGGAGCUGCUCAUCCCCUGUGCAGCUGCAGGGGACCCCUUCCCUGUCAUCACUUGGAGAAAGGUAGGGAAGCCCAGCAGAAGCAAGCACAGUGCCCUGCCCAGCGGGAGUCUCCAGUUUCGUGCUCUGAGUAAGGAGGACCACGGGGAGUGGGAAUGUGUUGCCACUAAUGUGGUCACAAGCAUCACUGCCAGCACCCACCUCACUGUCAUUGGCACCAGCCCCCAUGCCCCGGGCAGUGUCCGGGUCCAGGUCUCCAUGACAACUGCCAACGUGUCCUGGGAACCAGGCUAUGAUGGAGGCUACGAGCAGACAUUCUCAGUUUGGUACGGACCUCUGAUGAAGCGGGCACAGUUUGGGCCCCAUGACUGGCUGUCCUUGUCAGUGCCACCGGGCCCUAACUGGUUGCUGGUGGACACCCUGGAGCCUGAGACUGCAUACCAGUUCAGUGUCCUGGCCCAGAACAAGCUGGGAACCAGCGCCUUCAGUGAGGUGGUCACUGUGAACACUUUAGCAUUCCCUAUUACAACUCCAGAACCCCUGGUGCUGGUUACCCCACCAAGGUGCCUCACAGCCAAUCGGACCCAGCAGGGUGUGCUCUUGUCCUGGCUCCCACCUGCCAAUCACAGCUUCCCUAUUGAUCGCUAUAUCAUGGAAUUCCGAGUCGGGGAGCGCUGGGAGAUGCUAGAUGAUGCCAUUCCAGGCACUGAUGGAGAUUUCUUUGCCAAGGAUCUAUCACAGGACACCUGGUAUGAGUUCCGGGUUCUGGCUGUCAUGCAGGAUCUGAUCAGUGAGCCCAGCAACAUCGCCGGAGUCUCCAGCACAGACAUUUUCCCACAGCCAGACCUGACUGAUGAUGGGCUGGCCCGGCCUGUAUUGGCUGGAAUUGUUGCUACCAUUUGCUUCUUGGCAGCUGCCAUCUUGUUCAGCACUCUGGCUGCUUGCUUUGUCAACAAGCAGCGCAAGCGCAAGCUCAAGCGAAAAAAAGACCCUCCGCUCUCCAUCACUCACUGCAGGAAGAGUCUUGAGUCUCCCUUGUCCUCUGGCAAGGUGAGUCCGGAGAGCAUCCGCACACUUCGUGCUCCAUCUGAGUCCUCCGAUGACCAGGGCCAGCCCGCAGCCAAGAGGAUGCUGAGUCCCACACGGGAGAAGGAGCUGUCCUUGUACAAAAAGACCAAGAGGGCCAUCAGCAGCAAGAAGUACAGUGUGGCCAAGGCUGAGGCAGAGGCUGAGGCCACGACCCCCAUCGAGCUGAUCAGCAGAGGCCCUGAUGGCCGCUUUGUAAUGGAUCCCUCUGAGAUAGAGCCUUCCAUGAAAAGCAGACGCAUUGAGGGCUUCCCCUUUGCAGAAGAGACAGACAUGUACCCUGAGUUCCGUCAGUCUGACGAGGAGAAUGAGGACCCGCUGGUGCCCACAUCUGUGGCUGCCCUGAAGUCCCAGCUGACUCCCUUGUCUUCCAGCCAGGAGUCCUACCUGCCACCACCAGCAUAUAGCCCUCGGUUCCAGCCCCGUGGGCUGGAGGGCCCCAGUGGCCUGGGAGGUCGACUCCAGGCCACCGGCCAAACCAGGCCCCCUGCUCCCCGGCCCUUCCACCAUGGCCAGUAUUAUGGGUAUCUGAGCAGCAGCAGCCCUGGGGAGGUGGAACCACCACCCUUCUACAUGCCAGAAGUGGGCAGCCCCCUGAGCUCAGUCAUGUCGUCCCCACCCCUGCACACAGAGGGGCCAUUUGGUCACCCAACCAUCCCUGAGGAAAAUGGAGAGAAUGCUUCUAACAGCACGCUGCCCUUGACUCAAACCCCUACGGGAGGGCGCUCCCCUGAGCCCUGGGGCCGGCCAGAAUUCCCCUUUGGGGGGCUGGAUACUCCAGCCAUGAUGUUCCCCCACCAGCUGCACCCCUGUGAUGUGGCCGAGAGUCUGCAGCCCAAGGCCUGCCUGCCCCGAGGACUGCCCCCCUCCUCCCUUCAGGUGCCCGCGGCCUACCCAGGCAUCCUGUCUCUGGAGGCACCCAAGGGUUGGGCAGGCAAGUCACCAGGCAGGGGCCCUGUCCCAGUGCCGCCCGCCACCAAGUGGCAGGACAGACCUAUGCAACCUCUGGUGAGCCAAGGGCAGCUAAGACAUACCAGCCAAGGUAUGGGCAUACCCGUGUUGCCUUACCCCGAGCCAGCUGAGCCCGGGGGGCAUGGCAGCCCCAGCACAUUUGGCCUGGACACCCGGUGGUAUGAGCCCCGGCCUCGGCCCAGCCCCCGGCAGGCCCGGCGCACCGAGCCCAGUUUACAUCAAGUGGUGCUACAGCCUUCCCGGCUCUCACCUCUGACCCAAAGUCCCCUCAGCUCCCGCACUGGCUCUCCAGAGCUCGCCGCCCGUGCCCGGCCUCGCCCGGGCCUCCUACAGCAGGCAGAGAUGUCGGAGAUCACCCUGCAGCCUCCAGCUGCAGUCAGCUUCUCUCGAAAGUCCACGCCAUCCACGGGCUCCCCUUCCCAGAGCAGUCGCAGUGGGAGCCCCAGCUACCGGCCCGCCAUGGGCUUCACCACUCUGGCCACAGGCUACCCCUCCCCACCGCCGGGCCCUGCCCCUGCGGCACCUGGGGACAACUUGGAUGUGUUUGGACAGACACCUUCCCCUCGGAGGAUGGGGGAGGAGUUGCUCCGACCAGAGCCCCCAACAACAUUACCUACUUCAGGAACACUUCCACCUGCGUCCGGGAAUGCUGCUGCACCUGAGAGGCUGGAGGCUCUGAAAUACCAACGGAUAAAGAAGCCCAAAAAGUCAUCCAAGGGCUCUUCGAAGUCAAAGAAACGAUCCGACGGUUCUGCCUCCCAGGCUCAGCAGCUUCCCAACUCUCAGGUUCUGUGGCCCGACGAAGCUGUCUGCCUCCGAAAGAAGAAGAGACACUCUCGUCCUGACCCUUUUGCCCGGCUCUCAGACUUGUGCCACCGCCAGCUUCCAGAAGACCAGACAGCAAUCCUCAACAGUGUGGAUCAUGAUGACCCAGGCCAUGCCACUCUGCUAUGACUCCACACCACUCUAAGUGUCCCAGGGCAGGGUCCUGGGCUGUGGGGGCAGGGAGGGACAUCAUGUGGGGCCUCAUCCUCUGUCCACUAACACAUGGCUCAGACCUUUGUCCUGUGUGCCCUCUCUCCUGCCAGAGUGGAAGUCUUCCCCCAGAUCGUGGCCAGUUGGUCUUGUCCACAGGACAGAGGGCUGGGGCAGACCUUCUGCCUGUGGGUCAAAGUCAGGGAGCAAGUUGGGGACAGAAGGGCAUCUGUCUCCACCCACCUCUCCCUUGAUUUUUCUCGCUUCUUCAAUGUCUUUGAAAGUGAAGAAGAGGAAAGCAAUGGCUUUUACUGCUCUCUGCUUCUGUUUUAGUUUUUUUGAGUGCUGGGAGAUGGCUAGACUUCUAUACAUCUUUCAAAUUCCACAUAUAUAUAGAUAUAGAUACAAAUGCACAUGUAUGUAGUUGGUGGGUUUCUCUAUGUGUAUAUAUAUGUACAUUGAAGCAAAAUGCUGUUUCUUUCUGUGGUCAAUGAAGGAAAGAGGAGGGCAGUGGACAGCUGGGGUUUGUGAGCAGGGUUGGCUGUGAGCUGGCUGGGUGCCCUCAUGUCUGUCUCGAGGGAUUAUUCUUGCUGAAACAGGAUUCAUGUCUCUCAGCUAAAUUUACCAUUGUUCUCUCUAACUUGCCCCAACCAGAACAGAAAUGGGGCCCUGCCAUGAUUGCCAGCUGCCUGCUUUGCAGGUUUAGCAAACCGUUACCACUGAAAUAAACACAAGCCUUUCUUGCUUGGUUGCCAGGUGAAGAAAGGGUGGCCAGGCAAAAGGCCAGACUGGCAUCUUCUUACCUUCCACAGUUUGGCCCAUGUGACAAAGGUAGAUGCUGCUUUGCAGUGGCAGGCCCCGGUGCACAACCAAGCAAUGGCAGGCCCUGGUGCACAAACCCGAGCUCAUGCAAUCAUGCAUCAGCUGUUCCUAUUGGUCUAGCCAGGGCCAGGAGCCCUGCAGCCUAAGGUUCUCUCAUUCUGAGGCCACCUGUGCAGAGCACCAAGCUGCCUCAGCUCUAUUUAUAUCACUCUCCAGCUCCGCACUCUCUGGAGUGUUGCUCCAUGGUGGCUGAUUGGCUCCUCCUUUCCUAUUGUGGGAGCUAAUUCUCCAGAUUGAUUAAUUGCCACUUGUGUAAUGCUGCCUGCGGCUCCUUUGCAUACUUGCCACUUGCUGCCUGCCAUCUCUGCUUUACCCUGGGGUCCCCCUCCACCCUGGGGACCCAAGCUCUAGUAGCAUAUCCUGAGGAUGCCUCAGAUAACUGUGUUCUGGGGUACUCUUUUCCAAGUACUCUUGAAUAAAGCUUUUUGAGGCAUAGGAAUGGAGGUGAAACAGGGAGUAGGCAGGGGUGUGGGCCUUGGUCCUUCCUCUACCAAAAUCUUAUCAUAGUUCAAACUAGCACCCAGAAGCUUUUUUGAGGCUAUCUUCCUACUCAGAUAUCUCUUUCUCUUUCCGUGAGAUAACGGUGCUGCCCAAGAACAGAACAGAAGACUAAGAAUGGGGCAGAGAGAGGAAUUGUUUUCACUCUCCCCUCUUCUUGUAUAGGAGGCUACCCUUUUGGCCUGGCCUAGAAUAAUGGAAACUGCUAGGAACCUUGAAGUAUUUCCUUCUUGGUGCUACUGCCUUGGUAGGUUUGGGGAUAUUCACUUCUUCCCCAGUGACCUGCUUGGACAUUGACCAAGUAAGUCAAAGCACUAGAAGGCUUCUGCUAGUCUCAUUGCAGUUGCCAAAGGCUCGGCCCAAUGACCUAGGCAAGACAUGGCCUCUGAGGGCUGGGAAGCUGGUCCUUUGUUGGAGCUUCCACUUUGGGGGAUGGAAUUUGCCUCUGUCAGCUAGGCCCUGGUGCUUCCUACUCUUUCCUAGUGAACUGGGGACCAACCCUUGAGGCUCUGCCAUGUGAGCUAUACCACAGCUACAGAUCAUUUAUGGACAAGGGUGAAGAAUGUGCAGUAGAUGGUGUUGUAUUGCUCUGGGACUAGGCUGUGCACCCUUGGUGUGGAACCUGGACCCUCAGCUAAUGCAUUCUGUGGGGCAUUGGAGUCCACUUGACUACUGGGCAGCAUCUCUAGCAAAUUGGAAAAGUAGAGUUGUGUGCCUCUUUGAGUUUUUUUUCAGAGGUGGUGCUACCACUGCCACUGUGCCACAUGGGCUGCUCACUAGAGCAUCUCUCCCAGGAUGUGUGGGGAGCAGACCUACCUGAAAUAUCAGUGUGGAAUGUGGGGGAUUACAGCAGGUCAGUCUGUAGUCUUUGUCCCACUGGGCUGGCCAGCCAAGGUCCUGCAAUGGAAGGUGAUUGCCAUGCAUCAGGUCUGGAGAACUAUGGGAUAAAUUAGGCCAACUUAUUAGUACCCUCCUGGGACUUCUAGUCCCUGAGGCCAUCUGGGCCUUGAGGUUAGAAAAGAAGAAGAGCAGCUGAUAUGGAAGGCUUUGCUUCUUUAGGAUGUUAUACAGGGCCAAGAGCCAAACGUUGUGGGCUGAGGUGUCUCUGCCUACAACUGGGCUUUCCAGGGGUCCUGUGCCAACAAAGGUGCUGACUCCCUUCUUUUCUUGCCUCUGCCAGUGCCCUUUACCUCAGCAUAUCAGACCAAAUGGUGGGAGCUGUGUUUUCUGCUGGCCACUAGGUGGCAGCUGUGCUGUGGUGUCCUCAGGGCAGGGAAGAGACCCAAGGCCUACCUAUUUCUCUGUGCCCUUGGACUCAUUCUCCUUCCAAUGGGGGCUUCCUUCUUGUGACAGUGACCUUGGAGGCCAUCAACCUUCCUGCAUCCCUGGGAGCUAUUUUAGUCUUUACUUGAAGGACUGCAAAGGAAAUUGACAAAAUAUGGUCCUCUCUGUGUCCAUGGGGUAGAUGGCCAAGGUGUCACACUACAUGCUGGAUAUGGGCACGUGCAUAAUAGUCCAUUUGGGAACUUAUGGAUGCUGGGGGUGUUUCCACUUUUGGGAACCAAUGUCCUUUGCACUCUGCCUUUGAACACAGCAAUGACCACUCUUAAGUUUUCUAGUACUUUCCCCCUCCACUCUGUGGGAGAUCACAUUGUCUUCCAAACCCCUUUAGGAUCUGGUAGCCUUGCAGUAGAAGUAACUCAGAUAAAAACCUAUUCCUGUAGCUCAGAUUUUUGUCGGCCUCUUCCUUCUGCAUCUUGACUGGAAACAGUGGCUGUUUCACCAUUUGGUGAUCCACAGAGCAGGAAGAGGAUAAAGUGGCUCUUUAAGGGACAUGAGAGACUGCAAUUUGUUUUAGGGAAAGCGAGCAAUAAGAAGGAGAAGGUGGAUCCUGUUUCUUGGUUGGCUGGCUGGCCACCAGUGGAAUCUGGUGUGGAUUGUCAGUGUGGCCCCAGCAACUGGGAGUGGACCCUGCCUGUUGGCUAACUUAACUAAAUAACAACUUCCCUUGAGAGACUGGGGGUAGGAGAGGCCUCCUCAGAUUCUACUUUCUCAACAGGAAGGAUGCCUUUAUUCCAAAGGGCUGACAGGGUCUGCACCCUUCUAUGAGGAAGGGUUUGGGUCACAUGAUCAUGUCCUUGGGGGAAGGAUCCAGUGGGGUGGAUAGGGGUAAGUACUUGUUGAUCUUUUUCCAUGUACUCUGCCUUGAUUUUUCAUUUGCAAUCUAAAAUAUUUGGGGUUGAACAGAUUUCAGUUAUUUAUUCUCCUGCUCUUUUCAUGCAUAAGAUACUCAGUAAGGUAAAUUCAGAUGUGGAAUUUUCUUUUUCUUUUUUUUUCCUACAAGGUUGACAAACAGUAGCUUCAGGAGAGAAACAGAUGUCACAGAGCAUCAUUGUAUCUUUGCCACUGCCUAGAAUUUGAAUCCAGAGCUGAGAUGUCUGUGACUGGGGAUGUUUCUUUCAGUUUUGUUAGCAAAAGCCUUUUGGGGUUCGGGGGUGGGCUGAGGGAAGAAUUGUAGAUAAGUACAUUUUAUUAAUAUGUAGAAAACCCUAGGAAAAGAAAAGCUAAUGGUUACUCUUGGGCUUGCUUUGCUUGCAUGUAAAGGAGCUUUGGGGGCACGGCAGGGAUUUGGGGGGAGCAGUGGGAAGAAGUCAAAGGGCAAUGAUGACUGGAAACCUAGGGAAGCUCUUGGAUGCUCUCAGUGAGAACCAUGAGCAUUGCCAGUAGUGCUCCUGGGCUCAGUCCUACCUUUUGUGUCUUCUCCAAAAUAAAGUCAGAAGCAAACUCCAGUAAGACAGAGAUUCAGAGCCCUACAUGGCUGCAUUUGUGGAGUAUUUGGGAGGUGUUUUGAUGAUCAGUUCUAUGCUGAGUAUGGUAAUGAUGGUGCAGGGGGACUCUAGGAAGGGUAGUUGGAGAGGUGGAGUAUGGAGUAGAACCCUGAUCCUUUGCCAGGUAUAUGUGAGGCUGGAAGGAAACAGAAUGUUAGAUUAGUCUGGAAGUAGGGAGCGAGGAUCCAGGGAUUGUAAACCCCAAAGCAGGGGACAUUGAGCCUUACCAUUCUCUUUGGGGCAUGUGAUAACUUAGUUACAAAUAAUAGAGUAGUAUACACAUUCCAAGAAAAAACAGUGCCUGCCUGGUAAGGGACAGGCUGAGGAGUGGUAGCAGUGAAGAGGCAGGAUCAGUGGGGGAGGGGGAUUAGCCACUGAUUGCAGAUUGUGGGUAGGGGCUGGCACACAGGCUCAGACUGGGUCUUGCUCUUAGCUGGACUUCUUUGCUUCUUCCAAAAUUAGCCUCUAACACUAAGUGCCCAUGUAUGAACAUCUUCACCAUCUACUUCAGCUUUAUCUGUUGGUUUUCAGGUUUCCUCAGGUCUAAAGCUAGGAGGGUUCUUUGAAAUGCUCCUUCUAUCACUAGCUCUUGGUCAGCAGAGAAGGAAGGAUCCUUUUUAUGAGCUUUGUGUGUUUGCUCUCAUAAGAAGUGGUCGGUUGCUUUUCCUCCUCAUUCAUUAUUUAAAAAUGUUCACAAGACUUUGGAGAUGACGGUAGAAGAGGAAUGGGGCCUGGCAUCUAUAUUUGUCAUCCUUUCUUCUUGAGGUCUAGGAAAUUACUUCAGGUCACGAAGCUACAUAGUGGCUUCAUGCCUAGGCUUCACUUUUUCUUUUGUUAAGUUAAAAAGUCACUAGUUUGGCUGAGGUGAGUAGAUGAAAAUGUUUCACCCUGUAAUCAGAGACCAGCCAAUCUUCUCCUUAAUGUCUCCAACUCUGCUUCCUUUUGGAUCAAGAGGCAGAAUUUAAAAUCUCUUUUUUAGAAGAAAUCUAUAAACCAAGGAUCAAAGCCCAGAUUGGAAUUUAACAUUCAUACCAACUUAAAGUUUAAAUAGGGGUGUCUCUUACUACCCCCUCCCUCUGACCCAUAGUGAAUCUGCACAGGUCCAGAGCCUUAUUUCUGGACCCCUAUCUAUACUUUCAAAUAAGUCUUUCAGGAGUAAAUAAAACGUCCCCACCAGAUGUUUUGUGCAUUUAGUUGUGGAGAAGGUAAUUUUUUUCAUGAUCUUUUUUUAAGUUGAUAGAAAAAUUCCCCAUAAAUUAAGCCUGGACCGAAGCAAUCCAUAGUUCUGUGUAGGAUAAGGAAAAUUAAGCAUUAGUGAAAUAUUGUUAAUGGCUGGCUUGGCUUUAGGGAAGAAGAGUCAGGAUAUCUCAAUCACUAAGUACUUUGGUAGAAUAGCAAAUGGUCAUUGAAAUCACUUGGACAUUCUCUUCUGUAGUGGGUCAGUGGCAGUCGUUGGGAUUCUGAAGAGAGCUGAUGACAUAGUUGACUGACUUGGACCACUUGCUGGGAAAGCUAGUUUGAGAAAUUCAACUAGUGUGGUACAAUUUCUCAGCUCCCAUCCUUGGUCUUUUGGUUGUCUACUAAAUGGUGACAUGAAUGAAUAUCUGACCUAUUUUUCUUCAGGGUCUUAAAGAAAUGUGCCCUACCAAUCCCAUCUCCUCCUGGUACUAGGUUUCUUGGAUUUAUUUUAGGAAUUAGGGCAAACUGUCCCUCUCUACCUCUUAUACACAUCAAUUAGGUUCCCUUUCCUUCUGUCCCCCACUUCUAUGUGGCUCCAGGGAUCUUGAAAUUGUGCAUGGUUUAUGAUAGGGAGGUGGUUGGGUGGGGAAAGGAAUUGGGGAGGGCACAGGGGUUGGGCUGGGAGGGGAAUUUGCAUUUGCAGCCUUAGAAAUUCUGCAAGCACGUGGGAUCUUCACAUAAGUAGAUGGUAAGGGCAAAUGCUUGAUGCUCCUCAUUCUGGUGAUGAGGGCAUAGGGGCAUUUUGCUUCUUUUUGACUUAGGGACUUGUGGAACAUUUUAUCUGAUGGAGGGGAAUGAAUGGUCAUCUUGCUAUCCUUGGAAGGGAAACUGUCAGUCAUUCUAUCAGUGAAUAUUUAUAGUGACUUCCAUGAACAAAGAUAAGCCUAUCAUGAGUUGACAUUGUCCUGACUAGGUCAGAGAAGUUGGAUUACCUCACCUGUCUCUCUGCAGGCACCAGUUUAUCUUCCUGUUCUCUAUUUCAGUGUUCCUUUCCUGGGUUCAGGAAGUAAGUGUGAUGGGGUGUGCAAUGACUGUGUCGUGUGUAUGAGUGUGUAGUGUAUACAUGGUAUCUAUAUGUUCGAUGUGUGUUUGUGGCAUGUAUGGUAUCUGUAAGUGUGUUGUAUGUAUGAGUAUAUAGUAUGGUGUGAGUGAUAUGGGUUGUGUGUGUGGUGCAUGUAUGUAUGCAUGUCUUAUGUGUGUGUAAUAGAUUUAUAGGAACACACUGCUUUGCCUGAAUAGCAUCAGGCCUAGGAGACACUCUUUUUGGUUGGCUUUUUAUUUGCUAGACAACUUUUAUUUUGGGUAGGAGGGUCAAAUUAGUAAUACACUAUCUUAAGUGUAUUUUUUAUGGAGAUUGUAUAUAAAAUUAUAUAAAUAUAUAAAACUUGUUCUAUUUUAAGGAGAGAGGGGAACUUACGUGGGGGGGUGGGCAAGAAUCAGAUGCAAUAGUGGUGACUAACAGUGGAAACUUCAGGCAAGUGGUCCAUGUGGGGAGUUGGGAGUGGGUGGGCAAGAAAUGCAAGCUGGGCAGGAUGAGUGGGGACUCAUGCCCUCUGCACACAUAUAUAAAUAUGAAGAAAACCUAUAUAAAGUAUAUCUGUCUAUCUUAUCUACAUAUCUAUAUACCUAUAUGCAGUCAUAGUUUGCUUUAUUUUUGUACCUGUGCUUAGAGAUGCUUUGAGCAGUAUCACCAUCCCCAGGUGGUCUGGGGUACUAGCUCAUGCCUGAUGACACCUCUUCUCCAUCUUUCCCGAGAUAGACUCUCUGUUCAGAGUUUCUUGGGUCUCUCUGAUGGAAAUAUGUAUUUGUGAAACAAACUUUAAAAUAACAAAACAAAGAACUCUCAGAAAGGACAGGUGAGUUGACAGUUGUAGGAUAUAUUAGAUCUAAUAGCUGUAGGGAAUCCAGAUCCACAUGUCUCUUGCUACUGGAGGGGACACUGAUUUGAACUAUUUGAAAGGAGUGAUUGAUAUAUAGUAAGAAUGAUGGAGAGUUGGAAACUGUGAUUCUAUCCCUGUGUGGCUAUGGGUUGGUACCCAGUUCCAUGGAAGGAAUUCAGUUUAGUAGCUUGGAAAGUGGGAGGUUGAGAUUGUCUAGGGACUUAGAGUUAACACCUGUUUCAGUUUAUAGCACCUGGGCUUAGCAGUUCCUGGAGGGUAUGGUGGUAAGAGAGAUUGUGAGGCUGACAGCUUGGGCUCAGUCUUGAUGAAGAGACACCCUGAUAAUUAUUGCUAUAGAUUCUUGGAACAAGUGUGAAUGUGAUUAUCUAGUAUAAAUAUGUCAUCUCUCCUGUUUUCAUUUAUUUUUAAUUGGAAAAUAAAGUGCCAUUGGAAAUGGGGUACUCCAAUCCUAGGACAAGUGGAGGAUCAGGAACGGGAGAUUAGUUUGGGGCAAGACUGGAAAGAUAGGUCCUAGGAGGAUCUCCUUCUGCACUCAGCCUGGGAUUUAAAAAACUGAACAGUGUUUUUGAAAGAAUAUGAUCAAGAAUGGAGCAGGAGUUCGUUUGUGUUUGAAUAGAAAACUGGGUGACCUGAAGAAUAUCUCUUUGAGAAUGCAAGACCUCACACACCCUGCAAGGCCAUAUGUCUUGUAACCACUGCCAGCAUCUCCUAGGUGCUUGCUCGUCCAUCUGACUUGCCAAGAACUCACAGGGAUGUGUUUGAAGCUGGUGCAGUGCCAGAUGGUGCAUGCAGCCAGGAGAGACUCAUAACUGCAAUCUCUCAGCUCUUACUCCUGCUUGUCACUCAAAAAGGGCAAUACUAACCCCUCUUUCUCAACCAAAUGUUAUGCUAUCUAAGAGCUCUGUCCAUGGAGUUUGAUCAUUAGAGGAAUUCAAAUGCCUCCGCCAUGGGAAAGGCUUUUUAUUUACUUGGGGGUAUUAUGGGAAGAGUGGGUUGGUGAGAAGCUUGAGUCUAAAUCCUGAUCCUAGACCUUAUGUGACCCUGUCAUUCAUGAGGGCAUUGUUCUUGGCUCUCCGGGGUUAUCUGCUCAAAAUACUUCCUGUUUUUCAAAGAUACUGCAGGGAAAAUUGGCUCUCUCCAAUAAUAUUGGAAGGGCUUUGAUACUGGGUCCAUCUUUGCAGGUGACCAGUCUUUCCUGUAAUCUCCUCAGGAGGCUUAAGGAGUACACAACAAGGUGUUUCUUGUAAGAUUUUUCUGGGAGGUUGAGCAAGUGGAAGAGCAGCAAAUUCUAUGUCCCUUCGCAGGUUGCAACCUCUCCUGAGCUACCAAAGCAGGAUUUCCAUUACUAUUCUUUUGGCUCUUAGAGCCCACCUCUUCUUCUCUAUAGACUCUCUCCCACUUAUGGUUGUAUGUCACCAGCAGAGUCAAUCACUUCAGCUCACGAGCACCUUAGAGGGCUCAUACUCCAUGAGGUCCCAGGGCUCCUACAAUACUCUGCUCUUUCUACAUUGAGCCAAAUGCUUGAUCCUUAGAAACCUCAGUAGCACCAAGGUACAUGAGAUUGGGAGUCUGUACAUUUCCAUCCCAUUCCUCAAUGUCAACCAGAACCCUUCAUUUUGGGGAAAAUGGAGAAGACAAUUGCAACUUUAGAGCCUGGAGAGAAUGUGUUACCUAUGUCCUUUCCUUGACACAGCCCUCAGCAAGAUGGUGCAAGGGUUGGGCAUUAGAGAAGAAAAGACUGCUAAGCACAGUAUCAAUCUCCCAUUUCUUGGAACAAAGGGGAUUGAGAUCUGAUUAUAUAUGGAGUAAGCAGGAUGUCUUGUCUUUGAAUCUCUCAGUUAAUUGGACUGGUAGGUGGGGAGGUGCUCUGAUGAGGCCUUUGAGACCUAUAGCUGCUUUCAGGACUCUUGAGUUCCUCCAUGUGCUUGUGACUUUCUUCUUGGUCCCCAGGAUACAGAAGGCAUCCUGAAUUUUGGUGCUUUCUCUUUGAGAAGGAGGUGGGGAAAAAUCUUUAUAGAGUUGUAGUUUUGCUACCUCUGUCUACUGUGUGGAAUAAGACUGUGGAGUAGACCUGCUGAGAAUUGCUGUCCCAGGGACCAGGGUGGAAUCUGUCUUCGCAUUGUCAUCAACCAGGAGCUUGGAGAGAGGGGCUUGUCCAUUUCUCCUUGGCUUUGGCUGGGCCCUCCCACUCCUCUUUGUUCAUAUUGAACCACUUUGGGCAAUAUCAGUGUACGAUGUGGAAGAACAGGUGAGCCUACACAUGGCUCACUUUCUCUCCAUGAGGAAUUCAUCAUGAUACUGGAAUGUGGGGGGUCUCUCCUGUUUAGUAAACUACUAAUGUUGAAUCCAGGGACUGGGAAGGGUAGCUUUAUGGAAGAUCUUCGUGCUAAAAUUUUUAGACUGAGGUGUUAGAUGGGGAAAUGGUGAUCUAACACUCCGUUUACUAAGUUCAUAUACAUCAGUAUAAGAAAGUUUUAAAGCUCCAUUCAGAUUUUGUUUUCUGUCUGCCAUUUGUGGGACCAGAGAUUGAAGGUGUGGAUGGGGUGCACUUUCCCUGGUUGCUUGUUCUUGUCCAACUUGUUGACAUGAAGGGGCUACAUCCUGCUUCCUGUCAGUAACUUUUGGCCUCUUUUAUCAUCAACUUUAUCUCUUCCACCAGGAGGGACUAUAUCAUCUGGAUAUAUUUCUUACAUUGCAUACCUAGAGGUCAUCAUUUUGAUGUGAAUUUCUUUCCUCCUGUCACCCUGUGGUCUAUAGACACAGAGGGUGGGGGUGAAGAGAUGGUGUGGAGGAAGGAGCUCUCAAUGCUUCUUCCCCAAGACCUCUUACCAACUCCAUACCUCCAGAUGCUUGGCAGCCUCUUGCUUUUAUUUCUUCUUUUCCAACAAGUCUGGAUAAGACUAUCGGUUUCGUCAUGAGAUUUCUUGCUCUCAUUUCGAACUUUUUUUCCUUACUCAACUUUUUUUGGGGGUUCCCCCAUCCAUGCCAGAUCUUCUUGUAAAGACCAUUCAAACCUCAUUUUCAUUUCUUGAAUGUUGAGUAUUACAACAUCACUGCGCUAGGGUGCUUUUUGGUGCUGUUCCUGAAGAUGCCAGCUGGACAGAACUGCUUUUGUCCUACUGGUCCCUUAGAUCUUGCUGUAUUUUAUCUUCUGUGAGUUUUUUUUUUUUCCUCUAGGGAUUUGGGGUGGGAGAUUUAGGGGUGGCUUUUGUGUUCUCUCUCUUUAUGUCUUCUCUGUAUUUAUGGAUUGGUUAAGGUCAGUUACCAUGGGCAGCUGACUUUGUGAUAUUGGUUGGCUGACUUUGGUUCCAAAUUAAAGACAAACCAACAAAUUGUACAGCUGUGCACAGAACACCUCUCUGUGUGAAUUUGAUGGCAACUAGAGGCUUACUUUUUGAACUUCAGGUAUGUAACUCAAAAGUAAAUAAAAACUAUUUUUUCAGUAAGCUUUUUUUUUUUUCCUUCUAAAAGGUAACAUAGAAAUCAAACUAUAAGAACAUUAAAUCGGUGCUGUACCAAAGCCUUAUUCAAACAUAUUCUACACUCUGUAUAACCUGUCUCUGCGGAGCUCCCUGCUCCAUCACCCUGUUCUCCAAAGCCUGGGAAUGCCAGCAUGUGCCAAGCCUGGGGCUGGGUCUUAGGGACCUGUGAGCCAAGGGGUCCCCUGGGAGUAGAGGAUGAUGGUAAAGAUGGGGUACUAUUCUAUUGAGCAAAUGCUGAAAGAGAACCAGGCAUUUGUGAGUGUGUGUGUGUGGAGUACAUGUGCACAUGUGUGUGUAUGUGUGUGAAUAUAUGUGUGUGUGUGUGUAUGUGUGUGUGUAAGAUUACAGGUGCACAAUGCCAAAGUGAAUGUGCUAACUGGGGGCUUGAAAGGGAGACCCAGGUUGGCCCUGGGAAUGGGGCAGUUGUGGGAACGAAGGGGGACAUGGUCUCUUCUGUUUCCCACAUCCUUCCCUUUUUUCUCGGUCAGGGAGUGGAGGUGUAUUAGAAAUAGCUACACUCUCAACCAGGUGCUUUUUCCUCAAAAUAUUCAAACUCUAAGCAUUUAUAAAGGGCCCAUCCUAGGGGCAGGUACCUCUAGCCACCAAAUCACAGACAUCCAAGACUAGAAGGAACCUUUCUUCUCCUGAACCCUUGCUUGGUUUCUUGGGGGAAGAAAGUUGCUCCAACAGGAUGCCUGCACCUUCUGUUCCUUGACCUGGGGCCUAUUGUAGCUGCCACCUCUCUCUAGGCUGCCAUUUGGCUGCCCUACUCCUUUCCAACCCACUGAGACGACCCCACUGGAGAUGACCCAUAAGCCACACCUGCUCCAUGGCCCUAAGCAAUAAUUCCUGCUCUGGCUACCAAUGACAGUGAUUCCUUUGGCCUUAGACUUGCCAGUUAAAGGUAAUACCCCAAACUCAAGUAGGGAGAGAAUUUACAGUCUGCCUUAGUUCAGGCUGCCGUGCCAGGCUCCACUCGCUGGUAUUUUCAGGCUUGCUGAAUACUAUCCAACUCAUCGCCAGUAACACUGCAUGUUCAUAUCCUGAAUUAAAAGUCAAAAUGAGCAAACAAGUACAUAAGCAAACAAACAAAAGGGGAGAGAAGAAAAAGCCACAUCAAAUGACCAGAUGUGUAGCCAGUGAAGAUAGCCCUGGGAGUGUUGCAAGUUAAACUGAUUAAAAGAAGUUUAGUAUUUAAUUGCUCCUCAUGUAACAUUACUCUGCUUCAGAAAUGUUUUGUAUUUUGAUAUAAAUAAACAUUUGCUAAAAAAA